GCACCAAAACUUUACCCAGAGGCCCAAUACCUCCUCUCGCUGUAGAGUCUCGGGUCCAUGUCCAGUCCAGUGAGCGACACAAAAAGCGGCGCCUAAGAGCAGAGUCAGAGUGGAAGAAGAGGAAAGAACAUUUCUAUAGCGGAUGCUGCAAAUGGAAGGAGAAGGAGAAGAAGAGGACAUAGUUUGCUUAGAUGAAUCUUUCUUCAUCGAUGACAAUUACCAGCUGACCACUUUCACAUUUGGGUCUCAAGUUAUUGAGCUGCUUUGCCUCCAGUCUGCUUCAAUCUUCCAGGUUGUAGUUCUAACUAUUCUUGAAACAGCUGAUUUUGAUCUGACUGGGCAACUGGUUUGGCCGGGGGCAAUGCUGUUGAAUGAUUACCUUUCAAAGAAUGCAGAGCUUCUGCAAGGAUGCACUGUUCUGGAAUUAGGCUCUGGGGUUGGUAUUACUGGAAUACUUUGCAGCAGAUUUUGUAGCAAAGUUGUAUUAACAGAUCAUAAUGAGGAAGUUCUCAAGAUCCUGAAGAAAAAUAUAGAGCUGCAUGCAUCUUCUGAGAACUCUAAAUGCUGUUCUGGAUUAGUAGCUGAGAAACUAGAAUGGGGAAAUUCUGAGCAGAUCGGCCACAUUUUACAAACAUAUUCAGAUGGAUUUGAUUUGAUUCUUGGAGCUGACAUAUGCUUUCAACAGUCAAGCAUUUGUUUGCUUUUCGAUACUGUGGAAAAACUUCUUCGAAAUAGAAGGGAAGGACAGUGCAAAUUCAUACUAGCCUACGUAUCCCGAACUAAGAUCAUGGAUUCGUUGGUCAUCAGUGAAGCUGUGCGGUGUGGGAUGCAGAUAAAUGAAUUAGUUGGGACUCGAUCUGUCGUGGGAAAUCUCGAAGGAGUCAUCUUUGAGGUGACCCUUAAAAAACAGGAUGAGUAACUACUGCAUUCACAUUUUAUCGUCAACACAAAUCGAAAGAGAGAUUCAGGUGUUCAUUUUAUGUUGAACCAGAAAUGGAUAGUUUUUGUUCUGUAUUUUGCUUCUUUGAGAGGUUACUGUAGGUCUGGAUUUUGCAUUUUCAGUUUCCUUUAGUAUAAAACUUCCCUUCCAAUAGGGUCGGAUGGGGUUUGCAGUUCAAUAUCUCUCUACCAUGAAUCCCAACUUUGAAUGUACCAAUAUCAUGUGAAAAUAGAUUUUAAGAUAACUGGGAUACACGAUUUGUUUAUGAUUUGAACUGAGGUUUAUUAGAGGGAAGUAACUGCUUUGGUAAACUCCAUAUGGCCUGUGGUAGUUGAUGAUUUGGGAAAAGUCAUAAUUUUGUUU